GGAAGUGAAAGCCAAGACUGGGAAGGAGAACCCGUCAAGCCCAGGCGGUGGUGGAAAGGUGAAGGGGGUGGAGGACACACCUAAACAUGUGGAACCCCAAUGCCGGGCAGCCAGGGCCAGAUCCAUAUCCCCCCAACAUGGGAUACCCUGGAAGUUCCAGUCCUGCCCAGCCACCACCACCUGUCAAUCCAUCCUUUCCCCCAGGCCCUUACCCUCCUCCCACAGGAGCUCCCCACUGCAAUCCAGUUUUCCCCCCAUGUGGGCCCCCUCCUCCUGUGCUACAGCCAGGGUAUCCAGGAUGCCAACCCUCUGGUCCCUACCCUCCUCCAUACCCACCCCCUGCCCCUGGAAUGCCUCCUGUGAAUCCCUUGGCUCCUGGCAUGGUUGGACCAACAGUGAUAGUGGACAAGAAAAUGCAGAAGAAAAUGAAGAAAGUUCAUAAAAAGAUGCAGCACAAGCAUGGCAAGCAUUCCUCCUCCUCUUCCUCCUCCUCUUCCAGCAGUGACUCUGACUGAACACAGGCCCUGGACCCUUCCCUCAAGUCUCACCAGUUCUGCUCUCCCAUCAAGCUGCAGAUGCCAUGUUAUACUGGGGGAAAGUAGCCCUUGUGCUCCCUUCCCCCACCCCCACCUGAGCCUCCUGCUGUUCAGCCCUGAGUGCCUAGGGCAAAUGGGAAGAGGAUUGCCACGGCAUGGCCGUCUUCUGGCUGCUGGGAUAGAUCAUGUAGCUAAUGAGUUUAGCAGGGGAGCUAUUUUUUGAAGACAAUGAACCAAAUGU